AUGGCCGCUCUGACAGCGGAGCCGGGGUUUCACUCGAGUGCCUUUGCAUUAGUUCCAAAAAGGGACGUCCCUUUAUCCGAAGAUGGGAGAAUCAUCCACGACUUAUCCGCGCCCCAAGGACUUUCGGUCAACGACAUUACGGACACGAGCCUGACACCAGACGCCCGUUGGGAUCAAUUCUCAUGUAUUUCCAUACGCAUCGUGGAACUCCGCACUCGGUAUCCAGGAUGCCGCAUAUACGCGCUCGUAGCAGAUAUCGCGGAAGCUUUUCAUCACGUGCCGGUCCACGCUCAUCAUUCGUCCGCGUUUGGGGGGACCUUCCCACGUUCACAUAUCGGCAUCGUUUCGGGGAUGGCGAACCGUUCUGGGUAUUCCAAUGGGUAG